AAGUAUGACGCGGAGUUGUAUAUAAAAGCCGGCUUGGCAUCCGUCUAUUGCCGAUUUAUAUAUCUCCGCUUCUCCAGCUUGUAUUCGUUGUUCGAUUUUAGAGACUCAGCUACAACUGCCGGAACCACCUAAUUUAAUAAUUGCUAGUUAGCAGUAAGUAACAAACCAGCAGCAAUGGCUCCUUCAAUACUGUGGAUCGGCUUGGGAAACAUGGGUCGAGGUAUGGUGAAGAACCUGGUGGAGAAGGGUAACUUAGACAAGCCCGUCAUUAUAUAUAACCGAACCAGGAAGCGUUCCGAGGAAUUGGCAGCCACACUUCCCGAAGGAAAGACAGAGAUUAUCGAUUCUAUCGAGGAGGGUGUUAAGAAGGCUGACAUCAUCUUCUCCAUUGUUUCUAAUGAUGCCGCAGUGGAAGGCAUUUUCAACACCGUUGCCAAGGGAGAUGUUACGGGCAAGCUAUUUGUUGAAUGCUCUACCAUCUACCCCGAGACUACGGAGAAGGUUGCUAAGUUAGUGGUUGACAAAGGAGCUGAAUUUGUCGCGAGUCCCGUGUUUGGCGCGCCAGCAAUGGCCAAUGCAGGCCAGCUCAUUUUCUGUCCCGCAGGUCCUAAGUCGGCUAUCGAAAAGCUGCGUCCUUACACUAUAGGUGUGAUGGGCAAGUCAAUGAUCCCUUUUGACGACCAGCCAUACGCGAACUCGCUGAAACUGAAGUUGAUUGGCAACAGUAUGGUAGUGAACAUGGUUUCAGUGUUGGGAGAAGCGUAUACAUUGGCGGAGAAAUCUGGAAUAGGCGCUGCCCCGCUAAAACAGUUCGUCGAUGGCUUAUGGGGUGGCGUUUACAGCGCGUACUCGGAGCGCAUGAUCAGUGGUACCUACUGGAAGAUGGAAGAACCGCUCUUCUCAGCCAACAACGCCCGCAAGGACGCUGGCCACGCCAUGGAACUAGCGAAGAGCUCUGGUACUGAGCUCAAAUUAGUCAAGGUCGCAGAUGAUUAUCUUAAGGAGGUUGCUGCACAUGCGGGUGGUGAUAAAGGUGAUAUUGCGGGUAUAUAUGGUGCUGUGAGGAAGAAUGCUGGUUUGAAGUAUGAGAAUGAUGCUUAGAUUGUUAAGGUAGCAUUGUGUUGUCUCCUUUUCACAUAUUGAAAAUAUUCGAAGUACUUCAUGAAUAGAAUAAUAGCGUAACUCUCAUUUUCAUAUCUGUGUCUUCUUAUUGUUGGUGAAGUUGUUAAG